AUGGACCCCCGGCCCCUCAACGUGUCGCUGCAGGAAAUGCUGUGCCGCUCUGAGAACGGCACCGGCAACGGACCCGGCACCGGCAACGGGACCAACGGCUCGGUCUGCGACCUCCUCCGCAGGGGCCUCCGCGGGCCCCCGGCGCCCAGAGAGCUGGACGUGGCUGUGCGUGUGGUGCUGUACGUGCUGAUCUUCGUGCUGAGCGUUGGGGGCAAUGCGCUGGUGGUGGCCGUGCUGGCGCUGAACCGGCGACUGCGCACCGUCACCAACUGCUUCCUGCUGUCCCUGGCGCUGAGUGACCUGCUCCUGGCACUGUGCUGCAUGCCCUUCACCCUGCUGCCCGGUCUCAUGGGCGCCUUCAUCUUCGGCGACGUCGUCUGCAAGCUCGUCGCCUACCUCAUGGGGGUCUCGGUGGCCGUGUCCACCUUCAGCCUGGUGGCCAUCGCCAUCGAGCGCUACAGUGCCAUCUGCAACCCGCUGCAGUCGCGCGCCUGGCAGACGCGGUCCCACGCGUGCCGCGUCAUCGCGGGCACCUGGGCGCUGGCGGCGCUGCUGAUGCUGCCCUACGCCGUGUACAGCACCACGCGCCCCGCCGCCCCGGGGGCCCGCCCGCCCCCCGCCCAGUGCACGCACCACUGGCCCAGCGAGCGCGUCCGGCAGGUCUGGUACGUCCUGCUGCUCCUCGUCCUCUUCUUCAUCCCAGGCGUGGUGAUGACGGUGGCAUACGGGCUCAUCUCCCGUGAGCUCUACCGCGGCAUCCGCUUCGAGCUGGACGUCAAGAAGGAGGUGGCAGCCCAGCGUGGCACUGGGGGGGACCCAGCGCCCGCCUGCGAUGAGGGUGACGGGUGCUACCUGCAGCUCUCACGCCCGGGGGCAGCGCUGGAGCUGCGGGCGCUGGGGGCGGCUGCGCAGCAGGACCGGGCACGCAUCAACAGCUCGGGGGCCCAGCUGGCGGCCAAGCGGCGCGUGAUCCGCAUGCUGGUGGUCAUCGUGGCCAUGUUCUUCCUCUGCUGGCUGCCCAUCUUCGCCGCCAACACCUGGCGUGCCUUUGCCCCGCGGGCAGCCCAGCGGGCGCUCUCGGGGACGCCCAUCGCCUUCAUCCACCUGCUGUCCUACACCUCGGCCUGCGCCAACCCCCUCAUCUACUGCUUCAUGAACCGCCGCUUCCGCAAGGCCUUCGGGGCCACCUGCGCGGGAUGGGGCUGCCGCCGCGCCUGCCCCCGCCGCCCGCCCGAGGACGAGCCCCCCAUGGCCAGCGCCUCGCUCUCCAAGUUCAGCUACACCACCGUCAGCAGCCUGGGACCCCCCUGAGCCGGCACCCCAGAGCCCCUCAACACCGGUGCCUGGGGCCCGCGUCAGCUGGACCCCCACGAGCCCCCCAUGGCAAACACCUUUCUCUCCAAGUUCAGCUACAGCAUCCUCAGCAACCUGGGACCCCCGAGCUAAACCCCCUUAGGCCCCCUCACACCGUGCCUGGGCCCCCGCGAGCUGGGCACCCCCGAGCAUGAC